CAAGGAUUGAUACCUACUUGCCACACAUGAAAGCAUGAUCUGUCUACAGACUGCAUAAGUGUUUCGGAUCAAACAGCAAAGUCAUGUACCGGGUUGCUAAGCCUAGGGUAGUCAUCAGUUUCACUUCGAACUCUGUCCUCUCUGAUCUUGAGGACAGUCGGGUUAAUUUCCCUGAUGAUCGGUUCCGUUUCCAUAGUUACGAAGAGUUUGAGGCAGCAUGUGACCUCAAAGGUGAUCUUUACGAUUAUGUUGGGCACUUGAAACUGGUGAAUGGGCAGACACUGAAUGACAAUGUGGUGCUUGACGAAGAGGAAAUAGCUUCGACCCGGCGGCUUUUGCUCCAUGUUCAAACUCAUGAUGGACCAGUGAUGAAGCUCUACCUAUGAGACCAGGCUGCAGCAGACUUUUGUGCCAAAUUCAAGUCGCAUGGAAGCACUCCAAG